AUGGCCAACCUCUCUUCCUCCGUGGAGUUCCCUCCACUAUCCUCUAAGAGUGUUGUUCCCUCUGCUGUCGCCCCUCUUAGCUACAGCAAUAUUGUGGCUUCUCCUCGCCCAGGGAAUGCUUUUAAGCUUUCAUCUUCGGUCUUGCCUGAUGAUCCCUUGGAGUUUAAUGAAAUCCAUGUCAAAGCAGCUUCGGAUGAAUGGGGACUGGCGUUGAUAGGCUAUUCGCUCGGACGACGUCCGUAUUACGAAUCCCUACUUUUGGCUAUCCGCAAGGUUUGGAAGCUCAAAGGUAUGAUGAAACUGCUUUCUUUAAGCGAUGGGUUCUUUAUGUUGAAAUUCACGACGCAUAAAGACUAUGAUAUGGCCUUAUCUGGAGGGGUGUGGUUUUUCCUUGGUAAGCCGUUUGUGCUCCAAAAAUGGGUUCCUAAUUUCAAACCUGUGAGAGAGGAGUUCACAUCUAUCCCUAUAUGGUUUAAAAUCCUUGAUUUACCUCUUCCUUGCUGGACUCCGGAAGGAAUUUCGCGGAUUGCCAGUAAGAUCGGAACUCCGAUUGCGGUUGACGAUCUUACAGCCGAAAAAACUAGGCUCACGUACGCCAGAGUUUGUGUCCAGGUAUCAAAGGAAUGUUCUUAUCCUGAGUUCAUCCCCAUAACCAUUUUAGGUGAGCCAUUCUCUCUUCGUAUCCAAUACGAAUGGAAACCAGAACAAUGCGAGCACUGUGGAUCUAUUGUGCAUACCCCGGAUUUUUGUCCAUCAAAACCGCAACCUUCAAAAACUGAUGUUCAACCGCCACGAGGUAGAAGCACUAGCCGGAAGCCUCCGCGGGCGACCGGUAGAAACUCCAAUUUCGAGCCCAAGCAAUCUCUAGCUGCUCAACAAAUUGUUCAAUCAAUGGAGGCAUCUGACCCCAUGUUUAAGUCCUCCACCUUCAUUGCUGAUGCAUCUCUGAAGAUCUCUGACCUCCCAGGGCCUUCCACUCAGCCAACUUCCACUAAAACGCAGCCCAACAUCCCAACCCCGACUGUGGUAGUUACCCAACAACUGAACAAUUCUGCUGGGACAGCUUUCAUUGCUAUCCCAAAUCUAAAUUCACCAACUGAGGAGUCUAUCCCGUCUUCUUCUACUACCAUCCAGCAACAAGACAAAGUGAUUUCACCUAACAAGUUUGCUAUUCUUCAAGAAAGUAGUAGUGAGUCUGAGCCUCCUCCUUCCACUACUCUGCAUACGGAAAAGAACCGAAAUAGCACUGUUGCACAAUCAAAGGCUUCUAGGAGUAAGCAAACUAAAAAAACUCCUAGCAAAUCCUCAAAAUCCCAAUGA